AACUCUCGGCGCUCGAGCCAGUCGCGUGCGGAGGGAGAGGAGCUGGAGGCUGCCUAUAGCGGGUAGCUGCAGCGAAAAGCAAGGGCAAUGAUGAUAAAGGUCCUGAUAUGCGUUGUUGCUGUAGCCUUCCUGCAAAUAGAAGGCAGACAACGGGCGACGUCGGACAGCGGCAAUUUUCUGGAUGAUAAACAAUGGCUGACGACUAUCUCGCAGUAUGACAAGGAGCCCGGACACUGGAAUAAAUUCCGAGACGAGGUUGAGGAUGAUUAUUUCAGGAGCUGGAACACUGGCAGACACUUGGACCAAGGGCUUGAUUCUACCAAAGAUCCCUGCCUAAAUGUGAAAUGUAGCCGACACAAAGUGUGCAUCGCACAAGACAACCAUAGAGUGGUUUGCAUUAGUCAUAGGCGGCUAACACACAGCAUGAAAGAAACAGACCUGGCGCACAAGCAAUGGAAAGGAUCAAACUGCAAACCAUGUCCAGUAGUUCAUCCUCAUCCUAUAUGUGGAACGGAUGGCCAUGUCUACUCUUCUCCGUGCAAACUGGAAUAUCAGGCAUGUGUUUCAGGCAAGCAGAUCUCAGUCAAAUGUGAAGGACGGUGCCCUUGUACCUCAGAUAAAUCAUCAGUUGAAGGAAAAGAUGAAAAGAAAGCAGAAUGCAGUGACAGGGAGUUCAGAGAAGUUGUAUCAAGACUAAAGGACUGGUUCAAAGUGCUCCACGAAAAUGGAAACCACAACAAAAAGGCUCAUGGGCUUCAGAGACAAGGCAAGGACAGAGUUAAACAAGGAGAACCAACUGGUCAGAAGUAUGCACCUGAAGGGCAUCAAUCACCAGCGCGCCAACUUGAAGCAAGCAUCAGGACAGAUAUAGACACUUUGCAACAUUUGUAUAGUGAUAUGAAUAAGGAAGCACACAGUGAAGGACAGGGUGCCGAUGUUGGAGGAUUUGACACCAGCAUUCUACCCAUUUGUAAGGACUCACUUGGAUGGAUGUUUAACAGACUGGACACAAACUAUGACCUGCUUCUUGAUCAGUCAGAGCUGGGAAGCAUUUAUUUUGACAACCAUGACCAGUGUAUGAAACCAUUUUUCAACUCAUGUGAUACGUAUAGAGAUGGUCUCAUUUCCAACAAUGAGUGGUGCUUCUGCUUUCAGAGAAAUCAAGACCCGCCCUGCCAGAUGGAACUGAGCAAUAUUCAAAGACAACAACGGGGAAAGAAGCUGCUUGGAAUUUUUCUUCCAACCUGUGAUGAAGAUGGUUAUUAUAAAGCGACCCAGUGUCAUGGCAGUGUGGGACAAUGCUGGUGCGUCGAUCGCUAUGGGAAUGAAAUGAGAGGAUCUAGAUCAAGUGGAUCACCAGAUUGUGGUGGUGAUAUAGAGAUUUCAGGUGACUUUGGCAGUGGUGACUUCCAUGAAUGGUCAGAUGAUGAAGACGAUGAGGAAGAUACCAAUGACGAGGAAGAAGAUGAUGAAGUUGACAAUGAAGAUGAUGAAGAUGAUGAUGAUGAAUAUGAUGUGGGUGGCUACAUAUGGUAGUCUGGAAAUGUCAUGAACUUUAAUAUUUUGCACGUUUCUAUAGUGAAAUCUCAUGAGUUACUAGACACAUUAAAAUGGCAAAAGAUAUUCACUCAACGUGUAUAUUUUGUACAAUUAUACCCUCAAACAUGGUUACUCCAGAAAUAGGUCUACAUCCAUUUAAAAAUUGUUGCAGUACAUCUUAACUCUGUCAUUUUGAAAACAUAAAUUACAAAUUAUAAUCCAAACCAAUUAAGAGAAAUACAAUACUAGAACACAUGAGAAAACCUCAAUUAUGUUUUGAAAAAUAGUUUCCUUUAAAUUGUGUUCUGUCAUUGUACAUUGUCUCAGUGAUGCAGUAAAUCUAGGCUGCUCCUCCACAAAUAACUUGUGUGCACUGCUCAUUGUUGUUGACCUUGAAACCACUAAUCACAGUUUUGGUUUGCCUUUUUUUUUAAAACUCUUGGUUAUUAAGAUGACAAAGGCUAAAAUGUACUUAUGUCAUCAAUAUAUAAACAAAAAAUCAUUUGUUAAUAAUUAGUUAAUUUUUACAAAUGAACAUUAUUAUGGUGGAAUUUGCAGCAGUUAAAAUUUUUAGACAGAGAAGAUUAUGGCAACAAAAUAUUUUUGCCAUAUCUCUAUGUAAACAAUGCUAAAGAAUGUGGAUGCCUUGACUACCUGAGUGUUUUUUUUUCUUUUUUUCUUCCAAUUUUAAAGGUAUAUGUAAUUUUAAUUACCAAUUUAAAAAUGAAUAGAAGUCACAUUACGAUGUGCCUUUCAACUUAAAAAUAGACAUAUUUUUUCUUUGUGUAUGAAAUGUAGGAGUUCAGGUAUAUUUAAGCACACUGAUCACGGCAUAAGUACUGCAGCUGCAAACAUGGGGUAAGAGAAAAAUAAUUUUAAAUAAUUUUUCAAUAGUUAUGGCAGUCAUCCUAUGGAAAAUAAAUAUAUACCAGUAACGUGUAGCAGUAGCACUUAACAAUUUUGCUAUAGACUAAAUUGCCCUGUAUUUAUGUUAGCAUGUUAAUUGAUUGUAUAGACAUGUUAAAAUUCCACCGCCUUGAUGCAUAUUACAGUUGAGUCUUUUAAGUCCUUUGUCAACUAAAAUCAAUGUUGUUUGUAGUUACUAACAUAACAUUACAUUGUGUGCUGUUUAUUUGGAACCUAUGAUUGUCAGUUCUUAAAUGUAUCUCCUGAAAUCUGGACUAAAGGAAAAUCAUAAAAUAUAUGACUCAUUUUCAUUAAUUUUUCCUAAUAGACUGAAUUUGCAUUAUAAAAUGAAAAGCUAUGCUACAUUUUUUUUAACUGUAUGUAUAGUUUGCAAUAAUAAAGGACUCCUGUAACCAA